UAUCAUCUUGUGCCUCCCUCUCGAUUUAGAUUCAAUUAUCGCGCCCUCUCUACCCUAUGGCGACAACCGGCGGCCCGCGGUAUGAUUAUGCGCUUGUUCACGAGCCAAAAGGCACCUCCUAUCGGGGAAAACCCCACCGAAAUGGCUUCUCCCGGCUGGGCGAGUACAAGGACAAACACGACGAGCGGACCGCGCACGAGAGCGCGAUGUUUAUCUUGAGUAGGAAGAAUAGGGCGUUGCCUGCCAGCCUGGAUGCCAUGAAAGCAGCCGCGCAGAAAUACCGGCGGUUGGACAAGCCUAUACAGCAGGCUUCGCUGGAGGAGGUUUCCGCGAGGUUGGGCGCGGUCAUGGAGACGAUCCAGAAGCGCAAGAAGCAGCAUGCGCGCGAUAUGCGAAGUUUGUACGAGUGGCACGCGACGGUGUAUAGGGAUGAGAUGGAGGACAUGCGCCGCUGCAAAGACGAAUACAGUCCGAAUGCAACGAAGGAGACUGGCCGACUGUAUGCGCAUAGCCGCUUGCCGCGGGUGAACCCUACGGUCCGCUCGUUCAAUAGCGUCGUCGCACAACAUCGCUGGGCCUACUUGAAGUCUAUGAUUCCGCUUCAGCGCGAAGUCAAAGACCUCGAGGAAGCCCGCAUCAGGAAAGAGGAGGCGCGCGUUGCGGAUGAGCAGCGGAGACGAAACGAACUCGAGCGUCAGCGUAUAAUGAAGGAGAAGGCCUUCCCGACGAGUAUCGAUGACUAUCACGCGAAGUCGCCCGCCGUACAGAAGCUAGUGCGGGAGUACUUGACGGAGACAUAUCCUCUGCGCAGGACGCGGAUGAUCCAGCAGCAUAUGUGGGACAAGGAGGCGGCCGAGAAAAUGUUGGCCAUGAUGCAGAAUAAUCCAGCUUUUGCAGCGGUCAUCGCGGCCGCGAAGAUACAGGACGAGUAUGCAGCAUCUUCCAACGUUACGAGGGAUCCGAGGCUUGCGCGUCGAUAGAAUCGAAGGGCUCUUAGGGAGUACAAUAUGUAUACCUUAUGUCUGAAUAUGUGAUCUCGCGUAGAUAAUGUAUGUCUGCUGUUUCCCGA